AUGGCUGUCAAAUUGUUUGAUGUUACUGGAAUGGAAUUACUGCGUCGAUUUUUUGCGCUUGCUUCUGGUAUCGGAGCUUACAUCUCAUUUUACUUGCAAAAAGAAACUUACUCUCUGAAGUCGGCAUCUGACCUAUCAGUUACAGUGGAGUGCCUGGCACAGCGAUCAUAUCCGAUCAGAAAACCUGAAAUUUUUGAUUCAUUUGGAAUUGGAUGCAAGCCGCAGGGGAUUCUACUUUGUGGGCCACCCGGGUGCGGUAAAACGUUGCUGGCUAAAGCUGUGGCGAACGAAAGUGGCAUGAAUUUCAUAAGCAUCAAGGGUCCCGAAUUGUUGAGUAUGGUAUGCGUGUUUACUGAUUUCUUAGGAUGUUCGAACAACUGCUCUGUUCAUUAUUGA